GUCAAAAUAUCAAUAAUGUAAUUCAGAUCUAUUCUUCAAGUAAGAUCAUUUUUCCGUACUCGGUAAACAUUGUGCAAUUUUCUAAAUGUACACCUAUCUAUAAAUGUAAACUAGCUAAAAUAAUUGCCGUCACCAUAGAAUCCAUGAUCCAAAAUCACAGAUGAACUGUCUUGUCAACAAAGGCUUGAUCUCCAUGCUGCAAAGGUAACAAUUUAUAACAGGAUAAGGUAAAACAGUGACUAGAUGAUUUUUGCAGUCCAGUCAUCUGGUAUACGUACUUUGACCUAUAACAUUACCUUCGAUAUAUCGAUCUCGAUAACCAUCCUUUGUAAUAGGGCCAUAAUUCUUCAUGGCCCAUUCAACUAAAUGGUCUGCCAUUAAUGUAUUUAUUUCCGAUAUUUUACAUCGAUUUUAUCUCCAUGUAUUUAUAGGUACCAAUGUCGAACUAGCUUGGGCUGCCACGCAGCGUCGAACGUAGCGUAAAAGAAUUUCAGGGCCUUUAUUUUUGCAUAACCGUAGGUUUUUCUAAUAUGAAAAUUACGUUACUAACUAAUUACUUAUCAGAAUCAGUCAAGCCGCUAAGCAUAUAACAAUUGUAUCGAGCAGACAGACUUAGACGGUUACCACCGGGGUAAUAGGUUGCCGGGUUGUGGAGGUCAGAUAGGCAAUCGCUCCUUGUAAAACACUGGUACUCAACUGCAACAGGUUAAACUGAAAGCCGACCUAUGUUGGGAAAAGGCUCGGGUGAUGAGAUAGACUUAGGCGGAGAGUACGUUUACUUCAGUUUCAACAAAAAAAACAGUACCUACAACCACAUUUUUUUUACAUAAUUAUGUUCUAAUGAGGUUACACUGAACAAUAGUGUUUCAUAUUUUUGGAAAUUAUAAUAAUUGUAUAUAUCCGUGCGUUGCAGUAUAAAAUAUGUUGAAUGGUCCCAUAGGCAUAGAGUACUUUGGUGGUUUUUAGAACAAGAGUAACAGAAGAAUUUUUGAAGGAAUCAACAUGAAUGUCCUGUUGGUAGCAGUUCUCGCACUAGUGGCGCCCUCUGCACUGGGGUACGACGAAAAGUACGACAAACUAGAUGUGGAUAAGAUCAUUGGCGAUGAUGCGCUCUUCACAGCUUAUAUUGACUGCAUGCUGGAUAAUGGACCCUGCACUGUGGAGCAUUCGGAGGAUUUUAAAAAACUUCUUCCCGAGGUAAUCCAAACAGCGUGUGCUAAAUGCUCAGGAAUACAGAGGACGAAUGUCAGGAAGACUGUCAAAGCCUUGAGUGACAAGAAACCUGAUGACUUCGCGAAAUUCCGCGCCAAGUUCGAUCCUAAAGGAGAAUAUGAGAAGGAUUUCUCUGCUUUCAUGCUUGGAACAGAUUAAACGAUACGUCUGGCACUCAUUUGUUUUCGACAAUCAAUGGCUUUAUUCAAAUUGGAACCGAUCUAAAUUAUGUGGAGCAUUACAAUAAAUAAAUAUAUUGCAAA